AUGCAAGAAGCAGAGCACACGGAGACGCGAACACGAAAAGUGGUGCGCCUCACACGUUCGAAAGGCUCUGCAGAUAAUGACAACAACAACAGUAAUAACAAUAACAAUAACAACAGCAACAGUGGCACUGGCACUACCAGUGGACAACCAGUGGUUAGUGCCACCCAAGUAGUACAUACAUUUGAAGAGGGAAAUGCCCUUGUGAAACGAUUACGGCAACUAGAGAGUGAAAAUGCCACACUGGCGAGUUCACUUACGAAAGUAUGUGAUGAGAAUGCGAAACUUGCCGAUUAUUUAGCACAACAAGAGGCGAAGUAUACAGCACUCGCACAAAGUCCACUCUCGACGACGUCAGUGUUACAUUCGCUCUUUGAACCGGAAAAGACAGGAUGGUUUGGUGGUUCUAAGAGUGCCGCUCGUGAGAAGUUGGAACAAUUCGUAGAAGAAUUACAGAAUGAGUUUUUAGAAUACAAAGCGAAUCACGCAUCUUCUAAUGAGGAGGUGCAAGUACUUAUUGGAGAAGUACAGAAUGCCCAUAUGAAUGCGCAGAGACUUUCCGCUAUUAUUCAUGAGCAGCAGGAGGCGAUUAGCCGUGGCCCGCUCUCUGUGGCCGUACGUAUUGUUUCUGCAGAGACGGAGGCGGAAAAUAUUUCACUUGCGGAUCUCCGCCGUGAGAUGGAAAGACGCAGUGAACGUGAGGAUGAACUGCGGCAGGAAUUACGGCGUACAUGUGAGGAACUGCAGGCAAAGACGGCACAGAAUAUUCGUUUACAGCAGGAACUACAGUCAGCGGAAUCCGGUAAGGGAUUGUCUAGUGAAGUGGAGGUUCAACAGUUAAAGGAUGAGGUCAUGCGUUUAGAGGGGCAGGUGAAACUAUUGAAGGAUUCCGUAUCUACAGGUGAACAAUUACAUGAGUUGAAAGUAAAAGAAAAUGAUGCCCUACAGCAAAAGUUAAAAGAAGUAGAAGAACAACUGCGGAUAGCAUCGGUGGUUACGGUAGCACAUGAGGAUUCUCAGAGAAAAGAUGAAGUUUACACAUCUGCCCCAUGUGAACGUUGUAAAGAACUUCAAAAAGAAUGUGAUGCCGCAGAUGAACGAUUGCAGAAUGCACAUCAGGAAUUUCAACAACAGUUGGAAGAACGUUUGACAGAGUUAACUAAUACAAAUCAACAAGUAAUGGAAGAACUUCAACGUACGAAUACAGAAUUAGAAGAACAAAUACAAGAAAUGGUUCCAAUUGAGAAUUUUAAAGCAAUAGAUGUACAAAGGGAGAGCCUUGUGCGUGAGCUUGAACUCGCUACAACACGUGUAAGAGAGUUAGAAGUACAACUCAUGGAUGCACGAAGUAUUCAUACGGAAACAUCAUCACAAAGAUCAUAUGCUGAGAAUAGUAAUAAUAGUAAUACUAAUAAUAAUACUACUAGAAGUGCUAGUGUUGGUAAUAAUAACAACAACAACAACGCACUUGAUGAGGCUAAAAUCUUAGCAACGUUGGAACGAAAUAAAGAGCGUAUUUCACGCAUUGAGUUUCAGCGAGAUCAGUUAAUUGAAGAAGGAAAACGACUCCGUGAGGUGGCUGUAGCGAAAGAGGAAGAACUCCUUCGAGUAACACGUAGUUCUCAAGAGGAUAAACAACGUAUUAAUUUCUUAUUAAAACGUUGUGUUACCAUUACGAAUGAUUUGAAUAGUGUUACCUCAGCAAAAGAGGCAUUAAGUGAACAGUAUGAAAGUGCACAACUAGAACUUGGCAAACUUCGACGGCAAUGUGAAGAGAUGCAACAAUUACAGCAGCGUAUUAAUGAAUUAAAAGAGAAGAACGAUGCUAUGCAAGAUCGUCUUUCAUCUGUAGAAGAAUUAGAAAAUGAACUUGUAAAGGCGAAGGAAACUAUUGCCUAUAUGGAGUUAGCACAAAGUCAAACUAUUAAUAUGAGUCAAUACGCGGAAUUACAAUCCAAAAAUUCAAAAUUAGAAAAUACAAUACAACCUGUUAAGAAACAACUAGAAGAUACUCGAAAAGAAGUGGAAAAAAUGAAGGCAGAAAAUGAAAGUUUACACGCCGUACUCACAAGGCAGCAAAAUACAAUGAAAUCACAUGAAGAACAAGUAACAGCUUUGCAGGCAAAUGAUGCAAAGAUGCGAGAAAAAACGACGAACCUCACUGCUGAGAAUGCACGUCUACGAGAUGUGAAUAAUACACUUGAGGCACAAAUGAAUAAUAUGCAGGAUGGAAUAAAAGAAAUGGCAGUUAAAUUAGAACAAGAACGUGCAAAAGCCAAAACCGCAGCGGAGACCACAUAUAAGGGAGAAAUAGUUCAAUUACAACAACAAUUAGCAGCUGCAACGGCAACCAUUGCGUCUCUUCGUGCAGGACAAGAUGCGAAUAUACCAGAGAGUAUUCACAAGAAUGUUCUUGCCGCUAAAGAACGAGUGGAAGAGGAAAAUAAACGUAUGUCAUUUGAUCUUGAUAAACUAAAAUCAGAAAUUAUUAUUUAUCGUCAAACGAUUGAUGAUCUUGAGUCAGAGAAUGAAGAAUAUGUUCGAGAAAUUGAGUCACUACAAGAAGCUCAUAUGAAAGAACGUAGUACGGCAAGUGAACGACUCGCCGCAGAGACAAAGAAACUCACAGAGGCAAAUAGAUUACUGGAAGAACUACGAGUUCAGCUAGGAGAACAUGCACAACAGAAGCAGCAAUUAACAGUACAAAAGAAUGAGAUGGAAGAUAUAGCUCAAAAGAACCGACGCGCUUUUGAAGAUAAAUGUCGUCAAGAAGAAAAACUUCUCGCUACGUUAGAGGCAGUCAAUCGUGAAAUGGAAGCACAACGUGAGGAAUUGCAAAAUGCAAAGAUGUCAUUGCAAGAACAUAAAAAAGAAGUUGAAAUAUCUGCAGGAGCAGCUGAGACGACGGCACGUGAAUGUGCGGAUGAAUGUGAGAAACUUCGUCAAGAACUUCAACGCAUAACAGAUGAGAAAUUAGAGAUGAAACAUGAAUUAGAGAAAUUAAAAGAAAUGACUGCAAAGAAUGCUAAGAAUACUAUUCCCAUUACACCUACUCCUCCUCCUCCUACUACUACUAAUAGUAGAGCUGCUCGUAGUGUUAGUCCUGUCACCGCAGCAAUGACAUCAGCCGUAGCGGUAGCAGAGAUAGCGCCCAAUACGGUGAUGAGUGGAAUGGUGGAGAGUGGACUCUCUUCUUCUUUGUCUUCAUCGCCGUCUUCUUCUGAUCCCACCGUACUGCGGGCGCGGGCCGAGCAAUUGCAGAUGUCUCUCAUUCAAACACAGCGGCAAAUGGAGGAGCAGCGGCAAAAAAGUGUGGAGGCCGCAGAAACAUUCGGCAAAGCCCUCGACAAGGCAGAUGCAGAGAUUGCAGAACUGCGAAAGCGGGUGAGAGAACAGGAAGAGGAACUGCGAAAUGUUGCAGAUGGUAAGGACCCACUCGGUACCACACAAUCUCCACGUCCAAAGAAGAAAAAGAAUGUAAAGAAAGGACUCUCUGCAAUGGCACAUUUAGAUGAACUGAAAGAGACAGAUGUAUUGGAAGUGUCUGAUGUUGCGGCGGCUGCUAGUUCAUAUAGAGCCCAAGAACAGCUUGCUGAAGAACAUCAACAACGAAAAAUGGCAUUAGAGAAUGCUGAGAAGGAAUUGUCAAUGCUUCGUGAUGAAAAUCUUCAACUAAAGGAAAAAAUAGCAACACUCACGGAUGAAUUAAACACCGCACGUGAAGAUCUUGAACGAGCUACUGGGGGAGAUGUGGACAAGCAAAAAAUAGGACUUAAAGAAAAUAUUAGUCUUCUUGAAUUACAGCAAUUUCAAACUCCACGUACCACACAAAUGGAGGAGCAAAUACGGCAAUUAAGUGAAGAAAACAAGGGACUGAAGACUAAACUUGAGACUCUUAAAACGCUUACGCAAGGACCAAGCAAUUCUCCUGAUGUUAACGUACAACAACUUAAAGCAGAGUUGUCUGCACUCACAAAGGAACUUGUACCAACGAAGAAUAAACUUGUAGAGUACAUGGCAAUGUCAGACCGUUUGGGUAUUCAAUAUCCAUUCUCUGCUGAGAUGGAAGGAACUGCCGUACUUCGGCUUAAGGCGAUGCAUUUUGACAGCCGAACAGGGCGAGUGAGGGCGUCUUCGGCACCACGACACUUGUACGCAUCUAAUAACAAUGACGACAAUGUUAGUAGAAGCAGAGGAAAGAAAACGGACUUGCUUCCUCGAAUAAAGUCCAAGGUAAAAAAACACCAGAAGAAAAAGCAGGAAAAUGAAGUGGGAGAUAAUGUAGAAGAUUUAAGAUAA